UAUGACUCCGACACAUCCAGCAAGCCCAGCAUACAGUAGCCAUACAGCUCUCUUCACGGGACACAGGCAGUCAGAUAGCCAGUAUAUACAAGACUCACAAAACCCACAAAAGACUCACAGCUGGGGAAUGACCUCUUCUCCCAUGCCUGUUUGGUAUCUGCUAGCCCUCGCCCUGUCGUCUGUUGUCUACGUCACUCAGUCACUUCCAGUACAAGACGUUAAAGACUUGAAUGACGUCAUCAUCAAUCAAGAUGACAACACCUGUAAAGCCGACUUUGUUGAAAAAUUCGUCAGGUUAAUGUCUGGACCACUUGGCACUGAAGCAGAUGCCCUUUUAGCAUCAGUGAUGAAACUUUUGUCGAAGAAUGACCGUGUUAAUUUUGCAGGAACGGCUGUGUCUCAAAACAGUCUACCCAAACUCACAGAUGGGAAACCUAGUUUUUCUCAGAAACGUUUGAAGCCUGAUUUCAAUCCGACCGGUUGGCGACGGAAGCGUGACGUUGGAAGAAGGAUGAAAAUACGACGGGCACUGCAGGGCUUAUAUGACAUGCUAGAGAGCAGUGAUGUGGUCAAUAUAGCGAGUCAGUCAUGGCUGAAGAGAGACAGGUCACAGGAUAGAGCCAUGUUCAAUCCUACAGGCUGGUGACAGCCAUAUUCUCUCAAUACUUUGUCCGCUGGUGCGUUCAUUGAUAUAUGGUAAUAAAGGAUGCAAGGAUGCAA